ACUAAGUUAAAAGAAUUCGCCCCUUUUUACAACUGCGUCGUUUUCUGUGGGCGUGAUCUGCCUCUAUAACGGUGCGGGCAGGCCAGUGAUUUCAGACAGACAAGCUGCAAGAAGGAAAAAGAGUGUCAUGCCAAAAGGGUAACAGCCGUGAGGUGGGCGAUUUCUCUUUCUCGGGCUGACUGACUUAUUGAUCUGCAGUGAUCAGGCAUCCGAUUCAUCUGCAGUUUUUCUCUAACUAGUCCAUGCGCCAAAGCAACGUGACUUUCAAUCAAACAGCACAUGUUGAAUUUGAGUUGCAAAUCGCUGCGUUUAUAAUCGAAUCUUGACUUUGAAAACAUUUGCCUACAAACCAACAGACUACAAUGUCGCACGUUGAUUCAGGGCCGAAAAAUGACUCGGACUCGGAGCAGAAGACUGAACCAGCCCGGGAUAGUUCAUCAGGAGAAAUGGUCGUCCCUAAAACUAAAUUAUUGGACGCCAAGGCAAUCUUAUGGACUUUCGGCAAAUGUCUCACUGCCAUGUUGCCUGUUUACCUGGCUGGUUACUAUCGCAUGAGCACUAGUUUGGUAAUGUUUGGGAUGAUGGUUUACGCAGGAUGGAAACAUUCUCGUGAGGCGAAGGAGGCGAGACUGAGAUCCGCUAUACAGUUACUCAACGACGAGCAAGAAUACAUAUCCUCCAAAUCAUUUAGAAGUCGAGGAGACCUGCCUUCUUGGGUCAACUUCCCAGAUGUGGAGAAGGUUGAAUGGCUAAACAAGGUUAUCCAUCAGGCCUGGCCAUAUAUUGGUCAGUAUUUGGAGAAGCUGCUUACGGAAACCAUUGCCUCAUCCAUCCGCGGCUCCAGCACUCAUCUACAGACUCUCAGCUUCACCAAGAUAGACUUUGGUGGCAAGCCGAUGAAGGUGGUUGGAGUGAAGGCUCAUUCAGAAAAUGAAAAAGGUCAAAUUCUGCUUGACGUUUACAUCAGUUACGUGGGGGAUGUCGAGAUAAACGUGGAGGUGAAGAGGUAUUUCUGCAAGGCUGGUGUGAAGGGAAUACAGCUUCAUGGAAUGAUGCGUGUGAUUUUGGAGCCAUUGAUCGGUGACGUCCCAAUCGUGGGUGCUGUGACCAUGUUCUUCAUCCAAAGACCCAAACUGACCAUUAACUGGACCGGUUUGACCAACCUGCUGGACAUCCCAGGGGUCAAUAUGAUGUCAGACACUAUGAUCAUGGACGCGAUUGCCUCGUUCCUGGUUUUGCCCAAUCGUCUCACUGUUCCUCUGGUGGCAGAUCUGCAUGUGGCUCAGUUGAGGAGCCCUCUGCCUAGGGGAGUUGUGCGUAUUCACCUGGUGGAGGCCGAAAGUCUGGCUGCGAAGGACACCAUUGUGUCUGGUGUGUCUGACCCGUACGCCCUGCUCAGAGUCGGGCCGCAAACCUUCAAAUCCCAGCAUCUGGACAAUACACUCAAUCCCAAAUGGGGUGAAAUGUAUGAGGUCAUCGUUCAUGAGGUGCCUGGUCAGGAGCUAGAGGUGGAAGUGUUUGAUAAAGAUCCUGAUCAAGAUGAUUUCCUGGGCAGGACAAAAUUAGACUUGGGGAUUGUGAAGAAAUCUAAAAUAGUUGAUGAGUGGUUCACUUUGAAGGACACCCCUACAGGGCGGGUUCACCUCAGACUGGAGUGGCUGACACUAGAAGCCGACACAGGAAGACUGACAGAGGUUUUGAAGAGAAAUGAAAGUGUGGUGAGUAAAACAGCAAAGCCACCCUCAGCAGCCAUCAUGGCAUUGUAUUUGGACAAGGCUGAGGCACUUCCUGUGAGUAAUACUCUCACGUCAACUUCCUGCUGCACUCUUUGUUUUAACACACAGACACGUUAUGUUUAAUGGGCACAUUCCAUU